AUGAAAAAAUUAUUUUCAUUUAUUUGCUUGCUUCUAGUUGAUAUGACUCUUGGACAGAGCCAAAAAUUGAAAAUAGAACCUAUUGGGGGUAAGUAUGAUCUUUCAGAAGGUCCUCAUUGGGAUGAAGAAAAAAAUCUGCUUUACUAUGUUGAUAUUCCUCAGCAAAAAAUUUACUGUUGGAAUCCUGAAACAAAAAAAAUUACUCAUGCGUAUUUAAAGCAUGGUCCAGUUGGUGUAGCAGUACCUGUUGCGGGUGUCGACAACACAUUCAUCGUUGGAUGUGGAAGAGAAUUAGUCCGCAUGACUUGGGACCCUAGUACUGACAAUCCAGACCCAGAAGUCAAGACUCUCGCUAGAGUCGACAUAGACCGUGAUGACACUAGAAUAAAUGACGGCAAGGUAGACCCGAAGGGUCGGUUCUGGGCAGGCACCAUGGGCGAGAAGGACAACGUGAUCACUCCGGAAAAAGGUUCUUUAUACAGGUUCUCAUUGGACGCAACUCCAACGAAAUUAGUGACUCCAGUCAGUAUCAGCAACGGGCUCACUUGGAGCCACAGCAAGGAUUCUUUCUACUACAUCGAUAGUCCUUCCUUCGAAGUCGUCGCCUAUGAUUACAACGAUGACUCUGGAGACAUCUCUAACAAGCGUAAGGUAUUUAAUCUCAAGGAGAAUAAAAUUACCGGCUUCCCCGACGGAAUGACUAUUGACUCAGCUGGAAACCUGUGGGUCGCUGUUUACGACGGUGGAAAGGUACUUCACAUUGAUCCGCGAACUGGAAGAUUAUUGCAAACCAUCGAAAUGCCGGCAACAAAAAUCACCAGUGUUGCUUUUGGUGGCCCGAAGAAAGACAUUCUUUUUGUGACCAGCGCUAACAAAGGAUUGACCGAUGCAGAGCUUAAAGAUCAGCCUCUUGCAGGUUCGCUUUUUGCUGUUCAUGGACUAGGUGUCACUGGGACAACAAUGCUUUCCAGCAGAGUUAAAUAA